CCUUCUGAAGUAUGGUGGGAUGCACUGGCCUCAGGGCCCAGCAGUGCUGCAGGAAUCUCUCUGGGUCAGACACUGUGGAUAUCAAUAUGUCCUUUACUGCCCCUGCUUUUUGGUGAGUAGAAGGUUUCAUUCCUUUGUUGCACUUGGCCCAUCUCUGAUUGGUUUAUGUUGGCCAGAGCAUUUCAUUAGCACACUGAAUGCAGUGUAUGAAAUGAGACAAGAAACAUGUACUGAUGUUGCCAUGGGUGAAAACAUUGCCUCUCAACGUUGUUGCAGGAUUCCUGAAGCAUCUCUCCUGCUUCCCCCACGCACAACCCAGAGAUGUCUUUACCUUUUCCCAUUCCUCUUGUAUAAAUGAAAUGAAAAUGGCAUUUCUGCACAUCUGUGAGAUGGUAGGUGGGUACCUGGAGCAAGCAGAAUGUCCUACCCUGCUGACAGAGGGGAUCACUUCUUUUCUUGUUUCCCCACCAUUUUGUUAUGUAUUUACAAGCCUCUGUCACAUCUUAUCUCUCUCAUUGUGCACUCACACUGGAAACCUUGAGAUAAACCUGAAAACGCCCUCCUUUAUUAUGUUGGCAUUUGUGACUUGUGGGUGGUAGGUUAUGUAAUGUGCUGGUUUGUAUCCACUCAGUUACAGUGAUUAGCUAUCAAGUGACUGGGGUUAUUUUUGCUUUUAAAAGCAACAGAGAUCUAUAGUGGCCCCCCCCCAAAAACACAGAAUGUGUUUGUUUCCCUUUGAUUGUUGCUGACUGGCAGCAAUUCUUUAUGACUUGCUCUGCGUUUUGAACAGUGUCCUCCUUCUCACAGAGCUCCUGCCUUUGUACCUAUUCUCUGAAAUAACCCAAUGGCCUGGUGCUGUGAAAUGCAGGAGUGCUGCUCUGGCUUAUUAUGCAUUUCAAAUGCAUCUGCAUGCUUUAGUCUUAAAAAAGAUGUAUGAUUCUCUUAAUGUGGUAAUUUUGUCCUUCCUUACAUUCAUGUUCUCUGGUGAAAGGAACUUCAGGAGGAGCCUGUAACUUUGCUUGGCUGAUGGAAUUAAGAUGUCCAUAUUAAAUGAACCUUGAGCAAGCAGCAGUAUAUGUUUGGUGAGCUGCCUGCUGUAAUUGAAGUGUGUACAUUAGGGGAGCGGAAGCUUAAUUGGUUGAGGAUGUAUAGCGGGGCAAUGGUAAAAAAAGCAGAGCAAGCAGCUGACAGUCUAAGCAGAUUUAGACAUAAAAAUGGAACUGGAGAUGAGUAAGCUUGCAUUGAGAGAAAUUCUCAAGGCACACACCGGGGCAGUGCUAAUGUGAAACUCUUUUCAGCUCUGCAGCCUGACUCAGAUGGCAGCAGGAGCACACCUCAACAGGGGUUUUGCAGUGCUGGUGUGAGAGGUGUGUCAAGAGGGACUGGAAAACCACAUGUGAGCUUUGGAGAAGGUGGGCUGGGUCAGCUGUGAUCACUGAAAACGUUUUGGUUGGUUUUGUGAAUGCAUUGCACCAUGAGGGCUUUCUGUGCCUGCCUGUGCAAGCCUCAGUGAUGGAAGAUCAAUGGCUAUGGGAAAUGACCAACUGCCUCUUGGAUGAGCAUGGUUAUUUGGAAGAACAUGGGCUGGCAGAGGUUGCUGUUGUUGCCAGCUGGAAUUGACUGCCCAGAUUUGGCAUCACUGGAUGUGGCAGCAAUGCAGAACAGAGCUGUGGAGAGGAAGUUUGGCUUGAUGUCAUCCCUGUGGAGCAAUUAACUGUCAAAGAGUUUGUUUCUACAUUUCCCAUAAAGAAUUUUGGUACUUUUUCCUAUCACUCUUGGCACUUUACUUUGGCUAAACUGGUGUGGUGCUGCAGGAGAGGAUAAUAUUUGGGUUCCUUGUUCUCUUGUUCCUGUCUGCUUUCAGAGGUGCACAGAGGUCUCCCAGCUUGAAGAUACAAACACUGGGGACAUUACUGAAGGCUGACCCAAAGGCAGCUGCUCAGAAUGAUGUGUGCUGCACACUAGUGCAAAGCUAGACAGGUUUGGCACAUGUUCAGGGUUUCUCCUUUGGAAGAAAUUGAGAUUACAUGUGAUUUUGUUCCUGGCACCUGACUAACACAGCAGGGAAUAAGUGAGGAAUGUGCAGGAGCUGAGCCAUGUUUUUAAACAUCCUCUGCCCAUGUGGGGAGGCUGAAACAUAUCCAAGCCAUGGCCAGCAUUAAAAGGUGUUGCUGUUUGGGGACAUGGAGGAAAGGGACCCUUCUUUCCUGUUUUUGGUAUUUCAUCUGUCAGAUGCAGGUAGCUUCUUUCUUUUUAACUGGCUGCAAUUAGGGUCUCAGCUAUGGAGCUGGCUUCCCAUCAGGACACUGUGCUCUGCACUGAUUGCUCAUUUAAUAUGCAAUGAUUUCAGAUGUCAUUUUCUGUUAGUGGCUGAUGGAAGGGGACUCAGUCUGGCACAGUGAAUAUUAAACAGAGGGCUGUUUUCCAAGGAGAUGGGUCUGUAGCCAUGUUGCUCUGACUCUGAGGAAGUUGGGCACUAGCCUUGGCCUCGCUCCAUUAGAGCUCAGCACAAAACAGUGGUUAUCUCGACAGAAUUCUCACAUUUCCCCACUUCUGGUGUGGAGUCCAUGUCCCUGUGUGCUGCCUUGCUGCUCUGCCUGGGGGAAAGCCCUUGCCAGCUCCCUCUGUGCACAACAGGCAAUGCUGAAAUAGCUUGUGAAGGCUGCUGCUUCCAUGCUGGGAGGUAGAGGAGCUGUAGGAACCCAUUAUGAGGACAGGUCUUAUGGCUACUGUUUGCUUUUAUUGUGUAAUGAAACUUCUGUGCCUUUCCAAGGGUGAAGGGUAAAUAAUAAGAUGUGCCAGCCCCGAUAUGAAAGAAUUGUGUUACCUUGGCUCAGUCCAGCCACCACCAGAGACCAGAGGAGAGUCAGGCACAGCAGUAAUUACCUUGCAGGGCAGACAGGGGCUGGAACAGGAGGUGGUGUUACCUGCCUGCUCCCUUCAGCCAAGGCAGGAGGGGGGAAUCUGGCCCCGGUUAUCAGUCUCCCUUGUGGGGGUGCUGGCACUUGGGCACUGUGCUGCCAGAGGCUGUCAGGGACGUGGUUCUGAAGCAGGUGGGGCAGCUGCCACAUGGAAGUGGUCCUUGAGAUUGCUGUCGUGGGUCUCCCAGUGUCACAGCACCAGCCAACACCAGCUAAGGAAUGCUGCUGCAGUGCUGCUGAGCAGCAGGAGGAAAAGGCAAGGGCAGCACCCCAUGGAAUAGCUGCAAGCACGACAGCAGGAGCUGUGCGGGUUAUAGAAAUGUGAGAUGCUGUGUCUCCUGUGCUGGAGGAGAGGAAUAAAAGUGAGAUGGGAAAUCUAGUCCUUCUUGCUGAUAAUUUCUUCUGAUCUGUUCACUGUGCUAAAGAUCUGUAUGCACACUGGAGCUGCCUGCCUUUUAAAUCAGCAUACUUAAUACCUGCAUCAUUUCAUGCUCCUUGUCUGCAGUUCUCUCCACUCCCAGGUCAGAGAAGAGAUCAUAUCUGCCUGCUUUUCUGUCUUUUAAGGUUUGGAAUUCAGCCUUACUCCAGGCUGUCUGUACAAACAGCAGCAAGACGUGGUCUCAUGGCUUUGUGCCAGUGAGGUGUGAUCUGGGCACUGCCAGGGUGUUGUUUUGUACCCCUGCCAUUUGCAGGGAGCACAAGAUAGCUGACCUGUAGAGGUGAGAGUACCAUGCCUUCUACAGAGUGUGGGGAGCCUCACUGCAGCUCUUCAGUCCCUGUCCCAGGGAGGCAGGGCAGGAGUUGGUGCCUGGGGCCCUGAGCAGUCCAGCCAGCAUGUCCUUGGCAGCUUGGGGUGCCUUUGGGGAGCUGGGGGCUGCUGUGACAUGAUGAGGGUGCUGACUCUCUUCCGGGUCUUCAGAGCAGGGAGCAGACCAUGGCUCUGUGCUGCAGGUGUAGGAAGGCCAGGGGAGUUGAGAGGGGGAGGAUGACAAUGUGGGUCCUUUCUUCUGUAGGGCAGAGGGAUGGGUCAUGGCUUUAGGACCUGGACGAGGUAAUUGAGCUGCAAAUGCAAGCAGGCUCCAGUGAGAGGCUGUCAUCUCUAAGCUGUCCUGGCACCCCAGCGUGCCUCACUUUGUCCCUCACGCCAUGUGGAUGCUGAUGGGGAAUGCCUGCCCCUGCAGCAGGGAGGGGGCAGAGCACAGGGGCACAGGCGCUGCUGCCCCGGUGGAAGUAAAGCUGGAGCUGAGAGCCUGGUGUUGUUCCCCUCUCUCUUUGUGUCUCUUGGCUGUGCUAGUGCCUGGAGGAACAUUUAUGGAGGAGGACAGAGCAUGAGAAAAUACUUGAUCCAUUAUCAAAGGACUCUCAUGGAGACGUAGGGCUCUCUGUGUCCUCAGCACAGCAGCGCUCCUGAAUUGCACAUAUUACAGGAACAGCCGCGGCACUCCAGAUGCUCGUCCAGCAUGAUCUUGCCUGGAGGACAAACGCUGUUCCUCGGGAGGCGCUGUCCGCAGCAUCCUCACGCUACAUGCAGGAUUUCACCGUGCCUGCAUGUCAAGGGCUGAUGCUGCUGGCAGCCUCAUCCCGGCUCCCGACAGCGCUGCGAGCCAGACUGGAGCUCUGCUCCGCUCGAGAUGUGGAUCCAGACAUUAUUUUUAGCUGCUUGCUGUGGCCAGGAUGGGAGCUGGUCAUGCCCUUAGUGGAGAUGAUGCCAGCACGGGCAUCCCUCUCUCUCCAUGCUGCAGCUGAGGCAGUGUGUGGAAUCGAUAAUGAUCCCCGGUAGGAGGCUGCCUUGCCUUGUGCGUGUGGGAAGUAGCAGGGAAUCAGAUCUGCAGGUCUUUUGGUCACCUCGCACAAAAUCCUUGAGAGAAGUGCUUUGAAAACCACUCAAAUCCUGUAUGGAUGGGAAGAAAUGCAGCGUGUGGAUGUUUUUACCUCUUGUCUUCACCCUGUUUACAUCAGCUGGAUUAUGGAUAGUGUACUUUAUAGCAGUGGAAGAUAACAAAAUUCUCCCACUAAGUGUACCAGAUAGGAAACCUGGUCCCAAAAGACCACCUUAUAUAAGUAUUGCAGGUGAUGCACCUCCUGCAAGCUGUGUGUUUAGUCAAGUCAUGAACAUGGCAGCAUUUCUAGCGCUUGUUGUGGCUGUGCUGCGCUUCAUCCAGCUGAAGCCCAAGGUGCUCACCCCGUGGCUGAACAUCAGUGGCUUGGUGGCUCUGUGCUUGGCCUCUUUUGGGAUGACCCUGCUCGGCAACUUUCAGCUCUCCAAUGAUGAGGAGAUCCACAACGUGGGCACAUCUCUGACCUUUGGCUUUGGGACACUGGCAUGCUGGAUCCAGUCUGCCCUCACCCUCAAGAUCAACCUGAAGAAUGAGGGGCGGAAAGCUGGGAUUCCACGGGUGGCUCUGUCAGCCAGCAUCACCCUCUGCGUGGUGCUCUAUUUCAUCCUUAUGGCCCAGGGCAUUCACAUGUAUGCUUCCAGGAUCCAGUGGGGCCUAGUGAUGUGCUUCCUGUGCUACUUUGGCACCUUUGCAGUGGAGUUCAGGCAUUACAGAUUUGAGAUAAUUUGUUCUGAGUACCAGGAAAACUUUCUGAGCUUUUCUGAAAGCUUAUCAGAAGCCUCUGAGUACCAGACAGAUCAGGUGUAGCCUGUCCUCUGGCAGGGGGGGAGGGGGGCAGGUGGGGUCUCAUGGGUGAAACAUGACCUCAUUUACACUUUUUUUAUGAGUUUCUUUCCAUGUGCAAUCAUGAUGGCAUUGCCAAAGGGCUCUGAGGGUGGCUGUUUCACUAAGAGCCAAACAAACAGAGGUGUCUGCUGCAAGAGGAGUGGAUCCAUCUCAAUGGCAGCGUGAGAGUGCACAAGCUGCUCAGUUUGUGACUCUUUCUGAGUGGCUCUGUCACACUCCUGUUGCUCAAAACAUUCAGCAGCCCCUCUGAGGCUGGUCCUGCUCAGCCCACCCUGCAGAGAAGGAACUGAAGGAAGCAGACUUCUAACAGCCAGAGUCUUCAGGAGCCACCUGUUCCUGAGUGUGUUUCCCGGCUUGUUUUCUGUGCUGCCAGCCGGGGGAGCUUGGGAGGGGGAGCAGCCCCAGCUGUUUCUCCAGAACCUGGAAUCAGACACAGAAGACCCCAGUGGACUGGUUUUUAUGGCAGGCAGGCAAAGCAGCCAACGGUAAAUCUGGGUUUGGGAGGAGCUGUGCUGUGAUCAGGAAGUGAGACUUGGCUGGUGCUGCCUUGUGGCCAGGCAGAUCAUCCCCAGGCCAGAGGGGUGACACUGGGAUGCUGAGCUUGCCUUCCUGGUGGGCACUGCUGGCAGUGAGGUGCUGAAUUGAGAGGAGAAUCUCUGUGUGCCCUGAAGACAACCCAGAAGAAGCUGCUUCUUCCAUGUGUAGUGCUUCCACCACACAUUGUGUAUAGUAUUUCAAAAGCUUUUUAAAUUUUUUUUUUUUUUAUGUUCACUGAGGGGGAAAACAUUCUGUUAGAGAUACCAGGCUCAUCUGCCAUAAGAACAGUACCAGUGCUUCUGGGCACAGGGUUUGGUUUUGCUCCUUGUGCAAGCCAAACUUCAGAUAUGCUAGUUUGGGGUUUGGGCUCUGGUCCCCUCAGUGUGGCCAGCUGUCCUGAGUGGAGCCUGCUGCAGGUUUCAAUGGGUUUCCAGGGUGCCAGGAGGGAGAUCUGGCACAGAGGCUGGCUGAUCUGCCUGAGGGCUGGAGGUACAAGAAGGGAACAGCAAAACCAGAAGGGCUUCUCCCUCCCUAAAGGGAGGUUUUCGAACAGAAGGUCUGUUUUCAAAGGAGCUCAAAACCUGAUUUUGGGAAGGCUUUUGGGUAGAGGAGUGAUGGGAGUUGCUUCUCCCCAUGGCUCCUAUUUUCCUCCACAAAUCAGGCUCAGCUUGGGUUUACAUCUUGUCUGAGCUGCAGGAAAACAAGCAGAAAUUAAAAUGGUAGGAAAAGGCACUUGAAGGGGAACUCGUACUGUUCUGUGGCAUUUCUGACAGAGGGAAAAGGCAAAAGGGCAUUCAGUCUUCCGCAAAGGUCACAGGCCUCUCCUGAGAGGAGAAACAGUUGAGCCAAACUGUGUGCUAAGUUGAAAGCUUUCAGCCAGCCCUUUCUUUUCUGUGCACCAAAACUUGUUCUCAGGCAGCUGUUACAAACCCAGAGGAUUUCUGGCCAACAGAGGGUUGUUGUGGAUUGCUGAAGGCUUCCUCCUUGUAGCAGUGUCAUGAGUGGAAGGCUUUCCCAGGAGGAUGUGCUGAGAGUGGCCAAGGACACAGCAGUGUGAGAUGCCAGCUCCCAUGGGGCUCAUCCAGGGAGCUCCUCCUGGGCAAGGAAGGAGGGGACAGUCUGGAGAACAUGCAGGUGGGAUCCUCUUGCACUGGCACACACUCAAUCCAUAUGGAGCACAAAAUAGCAAUUUGUCGUAAAGGUGUUUUACUGUAAAUAGUCCACUGUGUCUUUUUUUCCCUGAUUAAUUAAUACUUUCAGUUUUUUAUUUUAGCUUUUGUAAUUUUAUCAAAGAAAAAAAAAAUGUGGUUAUUUUCUUUCCUUUUGCUCCUUUUCCUAUAUGCAAUCCAAACUGAAUUUCAGGUUUUUAGUGAUAAUUCUGUACAUUUCUUAGAGUAUUUCUAACAGCACAUUUCAGUACAACUAAAUGACAACCAAUGUACACUAAAACAUGACCACUAAAUAAAGUGCUUUUAUGGAGAAA